UAUGACACGGGGAUGAGCGAGCGCGAGAGAGAAAGACACAGAGAGGAGGGAGGGAGACGACCAGCCAGGAAUUAACGGUUCGUCAAGAGGUCUGCACUGAUAGCGUUACGAUGGGGAGCAAUGACUGACGGCAGAACGGCAGAAAAGGAGAGAAACUCAUGGUGUGGCUCCCAUCGGCCCGUGACCUCAACCCUAUUGAGGAUUCUUUGAGCAUCCUGAAGCAAAAUACCUAUGAGGGUUGUAGGAAAUCCACAUCCAAACAGCAGCUCUGCGAGGCUAUUCUGACAUCCUGCAAAGCAAUUCAAGCAGAAACGCUCCAAAAACUCACAGGUUUUCUGCAUCCCCACUGUCUUCCUCUCCUUCUCAACGUGUGAAGCCAUGGACUAGAGCUGCGUCUGGUCCAAAGGGUCCCGCGGUCAUCUGAUGGCUUCGCAUCAAACCUCAGCAAAAAUACGGAAAAUGAGAACGUGAAGGCUGGCGUCCACCAAGGCCUCCGCUGCACCGUGGGCAGCGCACACACAUGAUCACAUGACUCUAGACAUGGAUGCGGUCCUGUCAGACUUUGUUCGGUCCACGGGGGCAGAACCAGGUUUGGCAAGAGACCUGCUGGAAGGUAAAAACUGGGACCUUAGUGCUGCUCUGAAUGAUUAUGAGGAGCUCAGGCAGGUCCACACUGCCAACCUGCCGCAAGUCUUCAACGAGGGCCGCUACUACAAACAGCUGGAGGCACGUGACACACCAACCCAUGUCAGCAAGAUCGACAGGUCGUGUGUGCAGAAGCAGGAAGACAAUGGACAAGAGAAGCGUCUGUCCCGCGGAAUCUCACAUGCCAGCUCUGCCAUUGUCUCCCUGGCGAGACUACAAGUGGCCAACGAGUGUACCAACGAGCAGUUCCCUCUUGAGAUGCCCAUCUACACAUUCCAGCUGCCAGAUCUCAGCGUGUACAGCGAAGACUUCAGGAGUUUCAUAGAGAGAGAUCUGAUAGAGCAGUCCACUAUGAUGGCUCUGGAGCAAGCUGGUCGUCUGAACUGGUGGUCCACCAUGUGCACCAGCUGUAAGAAGCUGCUUCCUCUGGCCACCACUGGGGAUGGGAACUGCCUCCUCCAUGCUGCUUCUUUAGGGAUGUGGGGCUUCCAUGAUAGAGACCUGAUGCUGAGGAAGUCCCUGUAUACCAUGAUGAAGAGCGGAACAGAGAGAGACGCCCUGAAGAGGAGGUGGAGGUGGCAGCAAACCCAACAGAACAAGGAGUCUGGCCUGAUGUACACAGAGGAGGAGUGGGAGCGGGAAUGGAACGAGUUGCUCAAGUUGGCCUCCAGUGAGCCUCGCACUCACCUCAGCAAAAACGGCAACACGAGCGGAGGGGUGGAUAACGCUGAGGAUCCAGUCUAUGAGAGUCUGGAGGAGUUCCAUGUGUUUAUGUUGGCCCACGUACUCCGCAGGCCGAUUGUCGUGGUGGCCGACACGAUGCUAAGAGACUCAGGAGGAGAAGCAUUUGCACCAAUCCCGUUUGGAGGUCUCUACUUACCCUUGGAGGUGCCUCCAAGUCGAUGUCACUGUUCCCCGCUGGUGUUGGCUUAUGAUCAGGCACACUUCUCUGCACUGGUGUCCAUGGAGCAGAGGGACCAGCAGCGAGAACAAGCUGUAAUCCCUUUGACGGACUCCGAGCACAAAUUGCUGGCGCUCCAUUUUGCUGUAGACCCUGGCAGGGACUGGGAGUGGGCCAGGGAUGACAACGAUAACACCAAGCUAGCCAACCUUAUCUUGUCACUGGAGGCCAAACUGAACCUGUUGCACAACUACAUGAAUGUAACAUGGAUCCGAAUUCCAUCCGAAACAAGGGCUCCCCUGGCUCAGCCUGAGUCUCCGACCGCAUCUGCAGGUGAAGACGUGCAGUCCCUGGCUGAGUCCAUUGACUCUGACCGUGAGUCUGUUGGCAGCAACUCCAAUGUCAACACGGGCAAGAGCAACAAGGACAAGGACAAAGAGAAACCGCAACAUCGCAAAGACAAAGACAAGAGCCGGGCCGAUUCUGUAGCUAACAAGCUAGGUAGCUUCAGCAAAACACUGGGAAUCAAGCUAAAGAAGAACAUGGGGGGCUUAGGUGGUCUAGUGCACGGCAAAAUGAACAAAUCCAACUCUGGCUCAAGUCGAAGCGGGGAGAAUGGAGCAGAAAAGACAAAAAAGAAAGACUCUAAGUCACCCAAAGGGACUAAAGAUGAGACGGGCCACUCAGCCAGCUCCACUUCCUCUGAAAAGGCCACAAGCCCCUCCCCUACAGAUCGAGACAAACCCUCCAGCUCCUCCCCCACCGACAGAACAGACAGUGCAGGGAGGGUCUCGGGGGACAAGAGCCUUGAGAACUGGAAAUACAGCACAGACGUCAAGCUCAGCCUCAACAUCUUGCGGGCCGCCAUGCAGGGCGAGCGCAAGUUCAUCUUCGCGGGCCUCCUCCUCACCAGCCACCGACACCAGUUCCACGAGGAGAUGAUCAGCUACUACCUGACCAACGCCCAGGAGCGCUUCAGCCAGGAGCAGGAGCAGAAGAGGAAGGAGGCAGAGAAGAAUCCCCCGGUCUCCAGUGAGGAGGCCGCCAAGAAGCCAGAAAACGAGAGCGUCUUCCAAAGGGAGAGAUCGGACAGCUCUCCCCCGGAGAGCUGCUCUCCUGUCCUGCCCCACCACAGCUACGCCCCGCAGCCCACCGUGGCGCUCAAGUUACAAGGCAGGAACAGUCCCAUCCCCGUGGCCCCUUACGUCUCGUUACCGGUUCCUCCGCUCACCCCGCCCGCAACCUCCCACCACGUCCCCCACCCUGCCUCUGCGCCUUACUCCUCCCCCAGUUUUGGUGCUAAGAGACUUGGGCCUGUUCCCGUGUCCGCCCACUACAGCCAUACCCCUCCCAUCCAGAGGCACAGUGUGAUUCACCUACAAGAUGUCAACAUGCAAUCUCCCAUCGUCGACCCCUAUAAGCCCGUGGUGGGCACCCUCAAGACAUGCGCCACCUACCCACAGCAGAACCGCACGCUGUCCUCGCAGAGCUACAGCCCUGCUCGCUUGUCGGGCAUGCAUACCGCCAACACCCUGGAAACGCUGGCGUACAACAUGCCCGGGGAACACAAGUCCCACACGUACACCAACGGAUUCAACGCGGGAGACAUUCAAGACUGCCUGGAGUUCGCCGACGAGGACAACUCGUCUUACACCUGGCUCAACCAAGACAAAACCAAAGGGCGCAGCUCUGGAAGCCCUAUGUACUGCUUUCAGCAGCGCCGCUGCAAGAGGGACAACUGCUCCUUCUACGGCAGGCCCGAAACUGACCACUACUGCUCCUACUGCUUCAGGGAGGAGCUCAAGCGCAGGGAGAGGGAGAGCAAAGUGCAGAGGCCCACAUAGCCAUCGCCGCCAAGGGAGCGACGCUACUUGCACUUUGCAUCCACAACAACACGAUGGCAAACCUCUUGUUAUUUUGUUGGAAGAAUGCUCUUUUAUUCCUGCCCCCUUUCCUUGUUAGUCAAGAUGAGGGAAGCAGAACUCAAAACGGUGAGCAGCUUUGGCCAGAUGUUGUUGUGCUUUUUUAUUAUUAUUAUUAUUAUUUAGACUUUUACUUGUUUUAGAGUAAAAGUCAUCUGUCUCUCUUUGCGAUGUUGCAAAGAGGACCCUCUUUAUUUUUCAUUGUAGAAAUGAUUUCGAUCUCAUGCUGGGGGAGCAUUUUAGCGAAUCAGUUUUGAAUGCAAUACCUCUACUUAGUUGCUCAAAUUCACUCUGGAAGAUUUCUAGUUGUUUUGCAAUCAAAAAAGAAGGGGAGAUUGGUAUUAGCUUUGGAAGCAAUAAAUUGGUUAUCUCCUGCUACACUCUCCCCAAUUUUGUCUAUGCACCAAUAAUAUAUAGAUACUGUAGGUUAACUGUGGCUUGUAAAUUGUCAAAGAAUGUCACGGUGUGCUCCCAGGAGCAAAUUUGAACUCCAGGACUUCAAACAUUUAUGCGAUAUAGCAUAAUGUUUGUUUACCUUGGCUCCGCAAAGGAUAUGACGGGUCAAAAAUGGCUUUGUUUUUGAAAGGAAUUUCCUGUGCCAAACACUGAACAAUGGACCGCUUCUCAAAUAUGCAGUGUUCAUGGUGUGUCCCUCUGAGUUGCCUGUCUAAUACUCCUAAUUGGUAAGUGUCUUAGAUGAGAAGAAUCGUGGGUAGUAAGAGCAAGAGCCGAUGCGUAUUUGUCUGAAGUGUGAUUACGUGUGUGUCCCUGUAGGCCCGACCACCCGUCUGUCUCCCACGCAAACACGGUGUGCAGUCAUGCUUUUUAUCACUCCGUAGUGACCGGUCCCGUGAGACAUUGUGCGUCCUUUGUCCACAUGUAGAGGCCGUUUAAAGAAGCACCUGCUGCUAUACUGUAAGAGCACCUCAAGCCUUUGUGAUCAUCAGUGCUUUAACCAAUCAGUGGGUUUGGGGGAGAAAGAUGGGGGGAACAGGAAAAACCCGGGCCUCCAAGUGCUUUCUGCUCAUUGAACAUGACGACUGUAAAGAAGCCGUGUUUGUGUUGCCGUUUGUUCUGGUGAUGCUGUUUGUCGAUAAUGUACCAUGCUGUCCUUAACAAAGUGUGUCCUGGCCAAGGAUGUCCACUGCGGUUCGCUUCUGUCGGUCCUGUCCACACUGCGGUGUUGCUCCUCCUCCACCUCUUCGUUUCUACGUGACCCCCUUCAUGGACUCCCACCAUGUUAGGACUGUAAGAUAUGAUUUUGUAUUCCUUUAAGACUUUUACACUACUUUAAAUUAUUGAUUUGCACAUUAGGUACAGAUGUAUAUAUGAACAAAAUAAUAGUUUAUUGUUACAAA